AGCUCUAUAACCAACCAGCCAUCCCACCAUGUCUUUCAUCUCCAUCUCACCACCACCGACCCCUUCCGGCCCCGUCCCCGCCGGUCUCAUCGAUCCCGGCAUCCUCACCCCCUCCUCACUCGUAGCAAUUCUCUCCGCCCUCUUGAACCCGCAAACCGGCUCCUUAACACACGUGGUCCAAUCCCUCUCCGUGCUCCUCUCCGCCUCCGCUACGGGCGCCUCCCUCUCCCUGUCCUUCUUCCUGGUGCCUCGCCUUCUCGAGUCACCCACCCCGCUGAUGCUCACCCAGUGGCGGCGCACUUACGAGCAGACGUUUUCCACUUUGAACCGGGCCGGCGCCGCCGCGGCGUUGGGCUAUCUCUUGCUGGCUUGGCGUUUUGGCGUUCGGUAUUCUUCGGAAAUCGUGAGUGGUGGGAGAGGGAUGCAAGCGUUGAAGUUGGUGAAGAGGGGGAGAAUGUACGCUGUUGCUGGAGCGCUGUUGGUGCUGGGUAUGGCGCCGUAUGGGUGGGUGGUGCUCGGAGGAGUGGAGAGGAGGUUGGUGGCGAGGGCGGAGGCCGUGGAGAGGGCGAUGAGGCAGAAGGGAGUGGAUGUGGAGGUUGGGGAGUUGGGCGGUGGUGGGAGUAGUGGGGGGCUGAAGAGGAGGCAGUCGGUUAGGGGGAAGGGUAUGGAGAGGAAGAAGGGAAGGGAGGGUAGUGAUAAAGAUGGUAAGGGGAAGGGUAAAGAGAAAGAGAAGGAAAGGGAAAGAAAUGUAGAGGAGGAGGAUUCUUCUAGGGAAGGUGACGAUGAGGUUGGCUUGGGCGAAAAGGUGGAUAUGAAGGCUGUGGAAGUCGGGGCAAAGUAUUGGGUUGAUCAAUGGGGUGUGUUGAAUCUGGGCAGGGCGGCGAUGAUAGCUGCUUCUGCGGUUAUGGGAUUGAGUGCUUCGCUUUGGAACUAAGACCGGGCCGAAUGGAUGAAUCGAAGCUGUUUGGUGGGCAAGAGACGUGAAAGAGGAUUGAGCCUACGGGAUUUUGAAGCGUCACUUGGAAGAACAAUUUGGAUGGACAAUCACAAGCUUCCACUUGGUAGCAUCGAGAUAAGCAGGAUAGUGAAUUGGGGUUUUCCAUUUGGGUUCAUGCUAAUAAGUCAAAUGCUAUGCCU